CGCGAGCGAGAACACGCGUGUCCGUCGUUCAGUUGAGCGAGAGUUGAUCGCGAUACGUGUCGCGUAGCGAACUGAUGUCGCGAAUUGUGAUGAUGAGGGAUCCGCGGUAGCCUCAUGACAGCGACAUGAUAUUCAAAGCGGGCGGGAAGCCUCCGGGCAAGAGCCCCCCGGAGAAGAGUGAACAGACAAAAGAAGUGGAAAAGUCGGAUGAGAGCGCGAAGGUCGAGCGAUGCUCGGAGGUGUGUGGGGCAGCGUGGGCAGGCUGGGUGCAGUGUGCGGUUGUGUGUGCGUGCGCUAUGAGCCUGCUGUGCAGCGGCUAUGGCGCGGUGCGGCAACGGGCACUUCGGGAGCGCCUGCUAGUGCUGGAAGAGCAGACACGAGCGCUUCGUUCUGCGCUGCUGGAGCCGCAGCAACCGCUCGCCCGCUUACGUCGUGAUCUGCAUUAUUCUGACUGCAUGUGCCCCCCAGGUCCGCCCGGCCCACCAGGCAAACGUGGCAAGAAGGGGAAGAAGGGAGACUCGGGUGAACCGGGAUCUGCGGGACUUAUGGGAGCACCUGGCAAAAAUGGCUUCCCGGGGACCAAAGGCGAGAAGGGUGAACGCGGCUUCAUGGGACCAAUAGGAUUAGAUGGACCAAAAGGUGAUCCGGGACGUCCUGGUGAGAAAGGACAGAAGGGUGACCACGGCAAUCCAGGAUUCGACAUAAUCGCUGCAGUCAAGGGCGUGAAGCGGUCAGUGGCUGACAACAUGGCUCCCCGCAGGACGGCUGAGAUCGUCGCGGUGAAGGGGCUGCAGGCGGCCGGACACAACAUCUCAGCGCACUCGGUCAUCCAGCUCAAGGGAGAGCCUGGCGAGCCUGGGAGGCCGGGUCCUGCCGGGCCCCCUGGUAUAAGCGGCGCGAUGGGGGCAGAGGGCCGGCCUGGACCCCCCGGGGCACCGGGACCCCUGGGACCUGCCGGCCCGCCAGGACCACCCGGACCGUUGGGGCCUGUGGGACCCCCCGGACCAAGCGGUGCUAAGGGCGAACAAGGCGAUAAGGGCGAACGUGGGUUCACCACCACACUGAAGGGCGACGCUUUCCCGACCGGCAUCAUCGAGGGUCCACCGGGCCCCCCUGGACCACCCGGAUUAGCGGGGAGCGUGGGGCCGCGGGGGCCACCUGGACUAGACGGCCGCCCCGGAGACACAGGUCUGCCCGGCCCACCUGGCAAGCCGGGUGAACUGGGUCCUAAGGGUGGGAAAGGCGAUUACGGUGACAUGGGGUCCCCGGGGAUGCUGGGUGCACCCGGGCUGCCUGGCCCGCCCGGCUACCCUGGCCUCAAGGGGGAGAAGGGAGACAAGGGCGACUCGAAGUACAGGAAGCUCAGGCGAAGACAAAACUUGCAGGGAGACGCCACCGGGUAUGAGCUGUACGGCCACGAGAUCAUGAUGGGUCCCCCGGGAGCGCCAGGACCCGCGGGUGUGCCAGGGGUCGCGGGACCUCCAGGCAUCAAGGGUGACAAGGGUGACCCUGGCAUCCGGGGCAAGGCAGGAGAGCGAGGGGAGAAGGGAGACCCGGGACCUAUGGGAUUGCCGGGACCUGCGGGGUUACCUGGAGACCCAGGAGAUCCAGGACGACCGGGUGACUCCGGGCCGCGGGGCCCGCCCGGUCUGGACGGCAUGAAGGGCGCGCAGGGCGAGCCAGGCGGCAAGGGCGAACGCGGCGACCCGGGCCUGCCCGGCACGGAUGGUAUACCUGGUCAGGAGGGCCCGAAGGGUGACAAGGGUCAUAAAGGAGAACCGGGACCGGCGGGUAAGCGCGGCCGCAAGGGUGACCGUGGCGAGAGAGGAGAGCAGGGCGUGCCCGGUCUGGAUGCUCCGUGCCCGCUCGGACCCGACGGACUGCCGCUGCCUGGUUGCGGCUGGCGACCCACCAAGUUAUCCGUUUGGCAGGAUAUGGGUCGCGACGACAGAGGGCGUGGAGCGGUGGGUGCUCCUCGGUCUGACGAGGAGGUCGAGGUGGACUUGGAGGGAGAAGUGGAAGGAGAUGGGCAGGGUGAAGGUGACGGUGAGCCGAUGGAAGGAGGCGAGUACGACACGAGAGACGACGAGCUCGAGCCACCGCGCGAGUACGACGACUACGUCGACAACGCGCACCUCGACCGCCACCGCGACUGACAGACGCCAGGCCGCCAGGCCGCCACACGACACGCGCCAGGAGGCGAUGCUCUCGUGGGUGCGUCGCCGCCUCGAUCUGGAGCCGGAGACCGAAAACAACCCACGCGCCGACCGCCUGCGCCCGUCCUGACCGAUCUGCUCAUCGACCCUCAGCUGAGCUCAGCCCGGGGCAUGGGGAUCGCGGAGGUCGUGUUGUCUGCCUCUCCUGACCUGUCUGCCGCCAUCGAGUGUAUCUACCGGCCUCCUUGUCGGCGGCGACUGUUCGGCUCCCACAUCAAGGCUUUAUUCAAAAUUUAAGACAAGUUUCUUUUUAAGUUCUAAUAAUAUAUACAGCACACAGUUGAGAAAUAAGCAUUCCUUAAAUGUAUUUGUUAUAUCUUACAUAUUAUGCGUAACACUACGUUAGAGUAAAAAAUCCAAUAAUUGUUUCAAAUCAGAUAGUUUAAUAAAUUCAAUUAUAUUAGAGAUGGCGAUGUAAAUUUAAAAAAAAAGUUUUAAGAAAACAAAAAUCCCUAAAAAGUUAUAUUUCUUGUGCUUUUCUACGUUUUUAGAACGAACAAUAUUGUAAUAAAAACGGUUUUAAAUACCUACAAUCAACAAAUAUAAUAAGUAUAACGCAAUUUUUUUGUAUGAGAUCAUGUUUUUAUUAAUCUUUAUAUUAUUGAAAGUAUAAUAUUAUGUAUUAACACAUACUUCGUGUUCUAGAGGUCAAGCGGUUAUCGCUUGAGGAAAAUUAGAACUGUUUGUGUAUUGCCGUUGAUGACCUGUCAUGGUUCACGUUACCCACUUACUCAUUGCAGGAACUUGUUUAUUUAAUCAACAAUAAUUUUAGAGUUCAUCUAGAAAUACAAAAUAUUUUAUCAAAAUAUUUAUCAUUAACGUGAGGUUACCACAGCUCUAUAAUUUUAAUUAUCCAAUGUAAAGUCUAUAAAAGCUUAUGGACGGAACUCCAGACUGUCACUGGAAAAUAAUAUGCUUAUAUAUAAGACCAUCUUGAGGCUAAUAUGGAUCUAUGGAAUUCAACUGCGGGGCUCGGCAAGUGACUCCAAUAUCAGUAUAAAACAAAGAUGUCAGAACUGCAUCCUGAAACAAAUUACAAAUGCACCAUGGUUUCGAAGAGUUUGUGAUAUCCAUAGCAACCUAAAUAUCAACACAGUAAAAGAGGUAAUAAGGAACAUCAAAAUUAAAUACAAAAAAAACUGGUGACCCACCCAAACCAACUUGCUGUGAAAUUAACUCUUCCUGAGACAAUGUGCAGGCGGAAAAGAUGGCAUAUGGCACUAAAAUAUAGAGAAAUUUCUAAUGAGGAAUUUACUCUGAUCGCCAAUAAUCUCAGAACAUAUCUGUUCAUAGUCAAUCGACAAAAUACUCAAAAAAAAACUAAUGGAAAGUACUAGUGCAGACUAGCCUUCAUCGCUAACUUCUACAAUUUUUUUUUAAAUAUAAUUUAUACGUAUAACAUCUUCCGUACACACUAGCGGCUGUACACUGUGCAGUGUUUCACUUAACACUAUAAAUAGCAUGCUAGACAGAAAAACAUCUCUAACAUCGAUAUAGCAAGAUAGAAAAGGAAAGCGAAUAUAUUGGUACUCUAUGACGUAAACAGUUACCCACGCUUGACAUUAAUUCCUUGGUAUUUAAAAAAAAUAAACUAGCUGAAGCACACGUAUCUUUUUAGUCUAUGGUUUCACCAGCUCUUUUACAUAGCAUGCCGAUUAUCUGGGCCUCACAGCGGUACCUUAAUAUCCCGCAAAGCAGUAGUGGCAUUUAUUACAAAACAGUGUACUGAGACAAUCUUAUAUCUCUAGACGACGAGUACAAUCGCGGUGCCGAUCACAAUUUUGUAUUUCGAAGAAUCCUGAGAGUUAUGGGCAUUGUGAGCAGAGAAUUUACUUACCACUAACUGUUAGUAUCGUUUUCUUCUGAAAAUUUCUACUCGAGUCGACUUUAAUGUUAUUAUUUAUUUAUUAUUAUAAAAAAAUAUCACUCGACUCUAAGCCACCUACACAAAACAAUAUGGUGGGUGUACCAACAGGGACGUGCAUACCUAUAGGCAAUUAGGUAGUGCCUACCUAGUUAAGAAUCUACAUAAAUAUAGCACUAGUGUUAAAGUUUUAGUUCCGUUAUUCUUUAUCCAAACUUUUAUUGAUCAACCACUCAUUAAAUUUUACCUUGCGCGAGAUACCUAACGUAGGCAGUCUCCAGAUUGCAUAUUCGAUAUAAAACUUCAAUACUUAGACCUCAAAACUUAGGACUUUUCGACUUACGCGCAACUACGUCUAGUUAAAUCUACAGUGCGUACCAUGCUAGAAAACCAUAUGAGUUACCGGCAAGAUGAAUAAAUUUCGAAAUUCGAAAUGUAAUUUACUAUUGAGUAAUCAUUUUGCAUCUUAAUAAUAUGAUCAUGAUGUAAAUUAUUCUCUAAAUAGGAUCGAGUUUGUAAAUACUAAUCAAUAUUAGUGUAAGUAACAUUUAUUGUUCGAGUAACAUCUCUGAUCUUUGUAUUUUUAUAAUAAUAUAGCGUGUAUAUACAUAUAAGUUUAACUUAAGUGUUUUAUCGGAACUUGUAAAAUGUUUUAUCUACAACCAUGCUUUAAAUCAUCUAUUAAAGAUUCUAAAACAGUUAAAUAACCAUUACAUCAUCAAAACGAGUGUUGCAAUGAAAUUCAGUACAACAUUACAACACUCGUUUGGAUGAUGUAAUACAUAGUUACUAGGACUAGCUUUUUUAAUGUUAGCAGUAAGCUAACUGUUUAAGAAUCUUUUAUAGAGGAUUCAUAUUAUGGGUGUAGAUAAAGUAGGUACUGUAUGCAACUGUUGAGAAUUAGGUAUUAAAACACAUGAGUGUUUUAAUAACCCCUAUUACACAACAGUUGCAUAAAUAACUAUUACUUAUAAUGAAAGUGACAGAGGUACCUACAUCGUCAAAGGUUAGGUACGCUUGGAGAAAUAAUUAAGAUCUAAUUCACUCAUGCAUAAGAUAAAUAUGAACAAUAUUAUGUCUAAUAUUAUACUUAUUUUCAAUUAUCUCUCAAGGGUCAUGUUUAUACAAUUAUUAAUAUUUUAUUUCUAUCUAGAACUUAAUUUUAAAAUAAAAUCCUUGAAAUCAAUUCGAAACUUGUAAUUUCGAAUCGUAAUUCACUAGAUCAAAUACAAACUGUUCUGCAUGGCUCUGUCUGCACUCAUUCCCUUACUCGCGUAAUAAGUAGAUACGCAGUAUUUAGGUUCCAUUGGUACCUAACUAAGGAUGGUCGUAAUACAUACUAUGAAACAUUGUUGUUCGAAAUGAAUUCAUAAGAAAACAUAUUAUUGUAAUUGCAAUUUUAUAUAGUUUUGAAACAAAUUUAUGGUUCAUGUGUUGAAUAUGGUUGGCUAGGUACCUCUGUUAUAAUUAUUAUUGUCCAUUUUAUGUCAUUUAAAUUGUAAAUAAUAAUAAUAGUGUGGUUGUAUAAAGUGUAAGAAGAUAAUUAAAUAUCCGCGAUUAUUUUUAAGAUGAGUAAUUAAUUAGUAACUACUAAUCAGCUACGUAACAUUGAUAAGAAUUCUCUCGAAAUGCUGACUUUUGUGUUACCUACCUACUAAAUAAUAUUGCAAGAAAUUUGUGUCAAAUCUUAGAAUCACUUUUUGAGUUAUUAUAAAUGUGAAAUUGA